AUGAUGGCUUUCUUCGGUUACCUCUACUCGUUCUUGAAGGGUUACGUCGCACUCGUCGUUGCCCUCUACAUGCUUUCCUUCGUCAUUCCCAAAGCCGCCUUCGGCGCGCGAGUCCUCGCCUCCUACAUCUCUCUUAUUGUAGUCGCCCUCUACGGUGUCUUCGCCUCGAUCUUCCUGCGCCUUGUCGGCAACCCAGGUGUAUCGCAAUGGGCCACCGCCAGAGCCUUCCAUUAUCUCAUGGCCCUCACCACCGGCGUAACCUUUGAGGUCAUCGAUCCCAAGGAUAUUCUCGGUACCACCCGCCCAGCCGUCUUCAUCGGCAACCACCAGACUGAGCUCGAUGUCUUGAUGCUGGGCGCCAUGUUCCCCAAAUACUGCAGCGUUACUGCAAAGGCCUCGCUCAAGAAGACGCCCUUUUUGGGUUGGUUCAUGAGCCUCAGCGGCUCCAUCUUUAUUGACCGCAAGAACACAAAGGACGCAAGAGAAGCCAUGGCCGGUGCCGCCGACGAGAUCCGCAAGAGGAAGCAGAGCGUCUACAUGUUUCCCGAGGGCACUCGCAGUUACGCCAAGGACCCUGUCCUGCUACCUUUCAAGAAGGGCGCCUUCCAUCUGGCUGUUCAAGCUGGCGUGCCCAUCGUCCCCUGUGUCGUCGCCAACUACAGUCACGUUCUCUGGCUCAAGGGCCUCGUCUUCAACUCCGGAAAGAUCCCUGUCAAAGUUUUGGACCCCAUUCCCACUACCGGCCUGACCUCUGCCGACGUUGACGAGCUUACGCGAAAGACCCGUGAUCUGAUGUUGGAGGAGCUCAUCAGCCUCUCAGAGAAGGCUCAGGGCAGACCCAUGAGGGUAGCUUCUGCCAACGAUGCCGCCUCUGCAAAGGCCACUGGCUCCGACGCAACCGAUACCGUUUCGUCCCUGUAA